AUCCCACCGCUGCCACCAUCUUGUCAGGGUUCUUCCAUAAAAUCUUCAGGAAGCGUUCAUAGAUCUUCAAAAUUACCUUUUUAUUAACUGCCACACUUAUAUACAGUUCACAAUAGUAGCCAGAAAAUAUAAGAAACAAAAUAAAAGAAAGAAAAGAGAAAGAAAAAAACUAACUGAUAAAUAAAAUUAACAUGCUACUGAGUUCUGGGCCUCAGAUGUUACUCCAGGGAUCCCUCACCAGAACUGACUCAGCCCUAGACAAAAAUCACACCCUUUAACAAACCAGAGCAAACCAUUGUAUAAUUACAGGGGGACUCAAGUCGGUACAUCAAACCUAAAUGAAAAAGAAAAGAAUAUACACACAAAUAAACUCUAUAAACAUUAGAUUCCAUACCAUAAAGCAAUAAUAAAAUAAAAUGGAAAGAAUGCCCUUUAUUAUGACAAUCUUACAAUUAACCAAUAAUUAACAAACCCCUGUGGUACCCAAACUACAUUUCCCAUAAUUCCUAAGACAGAAUAUAAAAGGACAUCAGGAAAUGCAGCGCUCUUUUAAUUACACCUUGGUUCCAUGCUGCAGUCAUGGAUCCCGGCAGAACCACGGGUCUGUCUAUCUGUGGUCAUAACUGCUUGCUGACAGCAGAAUGGAUGUUAGCUAGUAAGAUAGUGUGUCGAGUGGGUCCAGCUAAAGAUGACAAGGGCGAGAUCAUUGUGACCACCAAGAGCGGAGGCCGAGGGACGUCCACGGUCUCCUUCAAACUGCUCAAACCCGAGAGGAUCGGCAUUCUGGAUCAAUCUGCGGUCUGGGUUGAUGAGUUGAAUUACUAUGACAUGAGGACCGAUCGCAACAAAGGAAUCUCUCCUCUCUCGUUGAGGCCGGCCAACCCUUUGGGCAUCGAAAUAGACAAAGGGACGGUUCCUCUGAAGGAUCUAGAGAACAUGUUCCCUAGAAUGAGUGGAGACUUCACUAGUGAGAAUUUCUCUGCCACCUGGUACCUCAUCGAGAACCAUUCUUUAACCAGCUUUGAGCAACUGCGUGCAGCUGUGGGAAAUCUUAAGAAACAGGCCAGUAAGAAGAAUGAGGGCAGUCUGGCCUACGUGAAAGGAGGUCUCAGCACUUUCUUUGAGGCUCAGGAUGCUCUUGCAGCUAUCCAUCAGAAGCUUGAAUCGGAUGGCACUGAGAAGGUGGAGGGCUCUAUGACCCAGAGACUAGAGAACGUCCUUAACAGAGCAAGUGAAACUGCUGACACCCUGUUUCAAGAAGUGUUGGGCAGAAAGGACAAGGCCGACUCCACACGCAGUGCUCUCAAUGUCCUCCAGAGAUUCAAAUUUCUGUUUAAUCUGCCACUCAACAUUGAACGCAACAUCCAGAAGGGCGAUUACGACGUUGUUAUAAAUGAUUAUGAGAAAGCCAAAUCUCUGUUUGGGAACACAGUGGUCCCUGUCUUUAAGAAAGUGUAUUCGGAGGUGGAGACGCGGGUGGAAACCCUGAGGAAACUGCUUUUGGAUAAACUUCUGGAGACGCCAUCCACUUUACAUGAUCAGAAACGCUAUAUCAGAUACCUGUCGGAUCUACAUGCUCCAGGUGACCCAGCAUGGCAAUGUAUAGUCGCUCAACAUAAGUGGAUCCUGCAGCUGAUGCAAAACUGUAAAGAAGAUUAUAUCAAAGAGCAGAAAGUGGGUGGUGUCGGUUUAGAGCUGGAUCACUCCUCAGCCCUGAACAGGAUCACCCUCUCAGCUCCAGUGAAGAGAGGAGGCAGCUUCCAGACACCUAAAGAUGACUCGAGGCUCUAUAAGAGUCCUCAGCAGGUGAGGUUUGUGGAGAAGCUCUCAGACGUGGUCAUCAGUCAGCUGCCCAACUUCUGGAAACUGUGGAUCUCUUACGUCAACGGCAGUCUGUUCAGUGAGACGGGAGAAAAGUCUGGUCAGGUGGAGAAGUUAAAGAAGAACGCCCGGCAAAGACAGAAUGACUUUAAGGUCAGUAAAGCAGCUGGAAUGGUUUUGAGCUUGUGGUCCUGAAAUUAAGAGUGUGUG